UCUUUCUCUCUAUUGAACAAUAUAUAACAUACUUUAAGAAAGAAAAAGUUACAAUUGUUAUAUGUUAGGUUGCUUCGAUUUUCCCUUGAUUUCAUCUGUCAUAACUUUAUUAUGAUUUGAGUCAUAAUUUCAUUUUAUUGGAUUGAUUAUUCUAAGUCCUCUCUAAUUACGAAUUUAAUUUGCAAUUUCUAGCUGUCUUUUUUUAGUUUGUUUCUGGGUUUUGUUGAUGUAAAUCUUUGUUAGUGGUAUUGGGUUGUUGUUCUUUGGUGGCGAAACUUGCAAAAAUUUAAAUUUUAAGAAGUUAGGUUAUGUAAAGAAAUUGGUUAUAAGAAUGCACACCAGGUGUUUGAUGUAUUGCUUCUUUGAGAAUUCAGUGUUGUAUAGUACAUGGAUACUAUAACUAUUUUUUUCUGCUAAGAACAAAUAAAUAUGCUGUCAUAUUUGACAUCUGGGUCACUACAUUUAUCUUGAAUACUAAGACAAUGAAUUUGGUGAUGACUAACAGAGCAUACAUGUUUCUCGAAAUGUGUCGAAAAUGAAAAGAUUCCUAUAUUCUUCUAUUGUCAUCCAUGAAGGAUGGUUUGGUGGUUGGUUAGAAGUUGUGAGAUUUCCUGCAAGAGUCAGAAAGGAUAUAUUUACUUGCAGAGACUUAGUCUUGUAAAUGUAAAGCUGAAAUGGGUUAAAGAUAAGGUGCUUGAUGCAGCCGUGGUUGGUCAGAGGGACCUUAAGUCAGCUUGCACCCUUGUGUCUGUCAUUUCCGCCUCUUCUGAGGGCCGUGUUCCAAUCUAUCGUCUUAGGCGCUACCGUGGACAGCUUGGUCUUCCUGAUGAAGUUAAGCUAUCUACCUUUGUAAGGAGAUACCCAAGUAUCUUCUGUGAAUCGUCUUUUCUUGAUAGUGGGGGAACACCUGUUCCCUUAUUUAGAUUGACCCCUGAAGCGUUGAGUCUGCAUCAAGAAGAACUUAAGAUUCUUCAGCAAAAUGAGAUGGAUAUAGUUAUCCGGUUACAAAAGCUGCUGAUGCUCGUGAGGGAUACUACUCUUCCUUUACAUACAAUUGACCAGUUGAAAUGGGACCUUGGUUUGCCCUAUAAUUACCAUGAGUCUUUAAUUCCCCACUAUCCGGAAACUUUCUCUGUUGUCAACCUUGAAGAUGACCGUGUUGGUUUGAAGCUGUCGUCAUGGGAUAGUCACCUUGCAGUUUCUCAUUUGCAGAAAAAUUUUGCUGUGUCAGCAGAAAAUGAGGGUGUAUCUGGUGAUUGUCUAGCCUUUCCUAUUGGAUUUCCUCGGGGUUUUGGAUUGAAAAGAAAGUGCAUGGAAUGGUUAGAAGAGUGGCAAAGACUCCCUUAUACUUCUCCAUACAGUGAUGCUUCUCACUUGGAUCCCCGGACAGAUGUCUCUGAGAAACGAAUAGUCGGGGUGUUUCACGAGCUUCUGCAUCUUAUGAUCCAGAAACAAACUGAACGCAAGAAUGUGAGCAACCUCCGAAAGCCUUUGUGCUUACCCCAAAAAUUUACAAAGGUGUUUGAACGCCAUCCCAGCAUUUUCUAUAUUUCUAAGAAAAAUGAUACGCAAACAGUCGUCCUCAGGGAAGCUUACUCUGGAUCUGAUCUCAUCGAGAAACAUCCACUAGUAGAGAUCAGACGACGAUAUGCUGAACUGAUGAAACAAGGAUUCUUGGAUAGGAGCCGAGGUUUAUAUCAGGCAGCUAAAGAUAUAUAGAAUGGGAGCCAGGGUUUGAAUGAAGUUGAUUGCAAUCAUUUAGGAAACCAACUUGAGAGCUAUCCAAAAUUGAAGCUAACUCUUGGAUACUCAUGGCAGUGUGCAAGAAUUCAAAGCUGUUUUGUCAUAGCCUCACAAGUGAAAUGCUGCUGGCAGAGGCAUCUCCGACAUCCCAUCCAUAAUAUAGACCUCAAUGAGAAAGAUAGUUGUGUGCGGUGACGCUUGUCAUGAUUACUCAAUCAUUUAUAUGCAAUGUGUGGUGUGAUCCCUGCAGCAGAGCAUGCAGCAAACCAUGUCAUACAGUCUGGUCUUCUCAUGUAACUCUCCAGAAAAGCCUUUAAAGGCUUCUAUCCUGUAAAUCAAAAUGAGAACUUUUGGUGGAUACUUCUCUUUUAAAGUUUGGACGAAUCGUCUCUGUGCAGGUUACAUGGAAAGAAUGCAAGCACUUAUGAAGCAAGGUAUCAGUGACUCAAUGAGAAGGUUCAAGUAUCCUCGACGUGGUUGUCAGCUGUCUUGCCGGUGCAAACUGAAAAACCGUUUUCAGCCGAAACUGAAGACACUUCAACUUAGGCUAUGGAAAACGGAUUUCACUGUCAAGACUCAAGAGAGUGCAGAUGACUGCUGUAAAAUUUUCAAGCAUCUGAUUCUAAGCAUCUGUUUGGAAGUGAACAUAUUCUAAAUUGAAAAAACAAAUGCGUUCUCAAUUUCAAAACUAAGUAAAUUAUUUUGUAACGUACUUUUGUUCAUCUAAAUUGUAAUGAUUUGCUUAUCAUCUCUUUCUGCUGUACAUCGGCUAUUUUGUCUGGUUUUCGUUGUUGCUAAUUGGCCUUUCGGAGCAAGAAUGGACUAUAUAUGACUGAAAUUUGAUUAUUUUGAACAUUCAAAAGAGUAUUACAAAUUAUUUCUGAAUGGUCAUAGAUAUCUACAUUACCUUUAUGUGAUUACAAACCUAUCUCAUUUUGCUAAUUUCAACUUAUCAUGAAAAUCAAUCGCUAAUUCUGUGAAUUCUCUUUUAUAGAGAUCCUGAAUAUCCACAGACCACAAUGUGAA